AUCAACGCACAUAGUACAUUGCGGACAGUAUAAUGUAAUAGUAGUACGAAGAAGAAUUUCAAAAGAAGAUUCACACAUCAACAACACUGCUCCCGUUUAUUCUUGCGCGCUCUCCAUGUAUCCCACAGUGAAGCUUGGCUUGGUGGAUCGGCAACGCAAGAUCAGACCACCUCUAGUUGUAGCAACGUUCGAUCGAUUAGUUGCAGGUGGUCAAGCUUCAAAUAGAUGGUGCGGCGCCGAGGGCACGGGGGAAUUAUUCCUCUCCUCCGCCUUUGCAUCAAGAUGAGAUGGGGAAAACGACAAUCUGUAUCCCCAAGCAGCCUGCCCCCGUGCCCUUUCCCCCCUGGGCCCCCAAAGCACCAUGCCUGCCAUCUCAUCACAUAUGCAUCUCUCCCCGCAAUGGGGAUGAAGCCGAACGAAAGCAUGAGAUGAGAUGCGUGUCGUUUUGGGGCUUGGACCGUCGACGGUUCGGCUCUCACCGACUCGCCACCUGCCAUGCGAUGCGAUCUAUUCGGGCAAUGAUAUCCCCCAAUAUCACGGCCCUGAAAUUUCAAAGGGUUGAUAUCCGUAGCCUAGUGGUUCAACCACGGCGCGCGCCUUUGUCUCAUCGCAAAUCCAAUCGCUUCCGCCGAGUGCGGAAGCUGAAAGUGUGUGUAGGUACUCCGUAUAGUGGUAGGUAUACUACCGGCCGGCACCGCAUAUGCGUGUGUGACAACCCAAUGGGAGGGAUAAGCCUAAAUGAGGGUCGGGCUCACUGCCUUUCUGGCGAAACCCCAGGGCACUGCCAGGCACCCAGGAAAGCGCCAUGAUUUUGAUAGAAGGAGGGGGUUCCUUUGGGGACCUUUGGGGAAAGGGGAAAGAGGCUGCGUCGAUCUCUAAGAAAAGGGGGAGGGGGUUGUGCGAGUGUUCAUGUGAAAACAUGG